AUGAAGAUGGGGCAAUUUUCCUUUGUUAGACUUCUCCUUUUGUUGAGUCUCUUAGUGCAGCGCCUGCCAGUGCAGAAGCAGCAGCAGAGUUCGAUUCCAACGCGCAAGUACCUCGAUGAAGGAGACCACCCCCCCCAAAACGCCUUCGCCCACGUGGCGAAUCAAAUGAAAGGGGGGACAUGUGACUUUUCCACGGAACCCCUUCAUGUUUCAAGUAGUGAGAAUGAGAUAGUGGCAGGGGUUAAUGGAGGCGAUGGCCUCCCCGGUGACAGUCGAGAUGAACGAGUUCAACACUGUGUACAGUUCACUAAAGGAUUGGAAGUGCUCACGUUCGUGUGCCCCAAGAGGAACACCGAGGACUACGCCGGAGUGGAAAUCAGACCCAUGGACUGUUUUGAGACUGUGCGAAUGCCAAAUGGAAAUAAAAAAAAAUUAAGUGAAGUGUUAAAAGGAGUCGAGCUGGAAAAUCGGGAUAGCGACUUGCUAAGCAUUAGAAGAGUUUUCAUCCCACCAACCAUUUACCAGAAUAUUAUUUUCGAGUGUUCAUGUGAUAAUAGCUUAACGUUUUGGAAGCACAAGAUGGGUGCCAGGGGUAUCAUGCGCGUGCACGUCAGGAAGAAUGUCGUAUGGGGAUGCGACUUUGAUCACACACCGGGGGAGGAACCUACACGAGAUGCAGGGGGAGACCAGGCGAUUACACGCGUAACGGGUGAUUGGCUAAGCGGUGACUGGCUAAGCGGCGACUGGCUAAACAGCGACUGGGCUGUUGGUGACUGGGCCUUGUGGCGGAACUCCGGACCCAGUGCAGAACAACUCGUGGAGCGAAACAGAACGCCCUUUUCAAACUUCUACACCCCUGCACAAGUAAACGACGCCAAGGACAAGGGCAUCGUGUGUAACGUAAAAAUAAAAAAGAAAAAAGUGUAUUUGGGGUUGGUGUGCCCCCCUGGUUAUGAGGUGUACCCUUCUAAUUGCUUCGAACGAGUCCUUCACAAGGAUAGUAUUGUGAGAAUGAGUGAGUUAAUUCAACACCAUGUUACUUUUCAUGUGGACAGCAGCAGGAGGAUGUCCUUUGCACAUUUUAUUCUUAACAAAAAUGAAAACCCUGCUGGGUUCAGCUGCCUUUGUGUUAGCGUGCACUCCCCCGAGGCACCUCCCCUGAGAGCAAACUUUGUGUAUCGAAACUACGAGUCGUUUGGAGGUCACUUUGGUUUGCUCUACGUGCUGGUUGUACUCCUCCUGCUGGUGUUGAGCCUGUGA